AUGCCUCUUCUAGUUGAGAGGUGGGUCGUUCUUCCUCCUCCCGAGCCGCCGCCGCUCGCUCUUCCAUUAGAUCUGUUAGAAACAGGUCCAACUUUCGUCGGUUACCCCAGCGAAAAACUUCUGGGCCAUCAUGGCCUUGGCAAUCAGCGACCCUCUCUGUCGGUUUCCAUGGAAUCCAGCGAGUUCCCUAUUGUCCUCAGCCUCGGGCAAACGACUCAGUCACCAGCGAAGCCUCCAGAUCUACAUCAGUUGCUGCGUCGUUUUCAAACCUUAGAUCUGAGCUCUGUCUCGGGUUCAAUAAGGUUUUUCACCGUCUCCGGUGACCGCUCCUUAAACCCAUCUCCCGGUGGCUGCUUUUCAACCUUCCCUUCGUGGUUCUCCUUCGCCGACCCGUCAGCACGGCGGAUCCUCUUCAGCCACAACGACUGUAAACCCUACAGACCUCCCAACCCUGUUCAGUUUUGGGCCUGGCCCAAGCUGAGAUAUGGGCCUCUAAGCCCAAAUUUGCCUAGCCCCACUAAGCCUCAUUCUUAA